GAAAAAUGUAGAAGAAGAACUCUUGCAAAAGCUAGGUGUGUUGGUACCCACCACUGAAACUAGGAUUUUACAGUGGCUCUCUGUCUUAUGAUGAGCAGAACUCUGUUAAGAGUUCCUCUAGGUUUUCUCGCUGACUCCUUGUGCAACUAUUCUAAGUAUCCAUUUGAAAAAGUUCUCAAGACUGUCACAAUAAGGGGCCUCACUACUUUGGGAGUCGCAGAUUUCAGACCUAGAUAUGGAGCAGGUUCAAUCAAUAGGUAUUUGCAAGUGCAAAUUGUUGAUUCUCUUCGCUCAGGGCAAAGACAAAGGGCCUCUGAUCUCCUUUCACAUCUUAGCUGUUGUCAAGAGUUUUCAACAGCUGAUGAUUUUGUCUAUCUACUUGAUUAUUGUUCGAAAGUUCCAGAUGCAUUGUUUGUCAUGGAAAUAUGUAGGCUCAUGAAAGAAAAGAAGAUCACCAUUAAUAAAAAAAUCUGCAUUUUUCUUGUCCGUGCGCUUACUAAAAGUGGCUAUCUGGAAGAGGCUUGCAAUUGGUUGACAUUUCUUGGAGAUAAUGGUCGGAUGAAGCCUUCUUUACCCAUUUACAAUAUUUUCUUAAAUGGAUGUGUGAAGAUGCAAAAUCCAGUCCUUGCCGGUUACUGUUUACAAUUGAUGGAGAUUAGGUCCAUUGGGAAGUCUGAAGUUACAUAUUGUGAGCUACUCAAGCUUGCAGUUUGGCAGAGAAAUCUCUCUGCAGUCAAAGAGAUUUGGGUGGAAUGCACCAAAUAUUACAGUCCAAGCAUCACCACUCUCCAAAAAUUUGUCUGGUCCUUUUCAAAAUUAUGGGAUAUAGGAUCAGCUUUUGUGAUCUUGCAGCAAAUGGUGGCCCAAUUGUUUAGAGCAAACGAUUCCGCUGUUAGAUCAGUGGAUGGACGAUUCCAUUCAUCAAGGCUAGACAUCCCCAUUCCCUCUUGUGUUCAUAAAUUGCACUCGAAGAGUGGUAGUGUAAACAACGAUGAACUUGAAGACAGGUUCAUGGAUGCAAGAGAGGACACAGCCUUGAUAAGUAACUGCAAUUAUGAAUCAAGUGGACCUGGCUUGGGGCAAAAUCUUAGCUCCAGAAGUCAUCUAAUGGAUCUGGGAGUUAUACCUAUUGAACCAAGAUUCUUUCCCUCAACAAUAUUUGAAAAUGGGGUCUCUCCUAUCAACUAUAGGGAGAGUUUUGGAGGGUCUAACCCUCUUAUUACCUCUGCCUCUGGCUUCUGUGGACAGCACAUGGUGGCAGCACAUGAUAAGUAUACCGACUUUGAGGAGUUGAGUAGACAAAUGGAAGUUGGGGCAAACGAUAUGCAGGAUGAAAUUUCAACCUUAUCAAUGAGGAAGAUCUUGACGGUGUCUUUCAGUGAUGUAAUUCAUGGAUGUGCUCAUACUCAAAAUUGUGAACUGGCUGAGAAGUUGUUUCUGCAGAUGCUUCAGCUGGGAUUGGAGCCCUCGCUGCAAACCUAUAAUGGAUUCUUAAAGGCUGUCAUAAAUGAGAGAGGUGUAAUACCUGGUAUGAAAGUGGUUAAAGCAAUGGAAAAGAGAAAUUUAGAGCCCAAUACUGCUACUCUUCUAACCCUAGCUGAGGGUUUUAGCAAAAACUUGGAUCUGGAUUUAGCUGAAGUUAUGCUUGAUAAAAUAGUUCAGAUUCCACCAAACAGAAUCCGUCCCUUCAAUACUCUGCUAACUGCAUGUGAUGUUAUGGAUGAACCUGAACGUGGGAUCCGGGUAUUGGCAAAAAUGAAGAAAUUGAACAUCAAAUCAGAUAUUAGGACUUAUGAAUUGCUAUUUUCCUUGUUUGGUAAUGUCAAUGCACCAUACGAAGAAGGAAAUUUGUUGUCGAGGGCAGAUGUUUGGAGAAGGAUUAGGACUGUAGAGGCUGAUAUGGUGAAGAAUGGAGUUCACCACAGCCCAAGAUCGAUGCAUAACUUGCUGAGAGCUCUUGGAGAUGAAGGCAUGCUACAAGAGAUGAUUAAAUAUUUGCAAGUAGCAGAAAAUAACUUUCAUCAUGUAGAUCCUUAUCAAAUAACACUGAUGUACAAUACUGUUCUUCAUUCACUGGUUGAGAUCAAUGAAUGGAACAUGGCAAUCAAAAUUUUUGGAAGGAUGAAAUCAUUAGACUUACCAUCUGAUGGUGCCACCUAUGACAUAAUGAUUGAUUGCUGCAGUCGUACAAACUGUUUUACGUCUGCAUGCAUAUUAGUGGCUCGGAUGAUCCAGGAUGGUUUCUUACUCCAGACUUGCACGUAUACAACACUCAUUAAGAUAGUUUUGGACAUGGAGGGCUUCGAUGACGCUUUAAAUCUUUUGUACCAGGCAAGCCUUGAAGGAGUUGUACUUGAUGUCCUAUUAUUUAACACCAUCCUUGACACUGCAUCAUGGAAGAGGAGGUUCGACAUAAUUGAGUUUAUCAUCGAAUACAUGCACCGGGAGAGAGUUCAACCCGAUCCCACAACCUGUUAUUAUGUGUUCAUUGCAUACAUGAAACAGAAUUACAUAAAAACAGCCAUGGAAGCACUUCAAGUGCUAAGCAUCAGAAUGAUCUCAGAAGAUGAAACCAUUCAGAGGGAGAAAAUUGCUUCUUUUGAGAACCUUAUCCUUGCUGAUGAAGACCCAGAAGCCGAGAAAUGUAUAGUGCAACUAUUUAAGGACUCAGAAGAGCACCUUGCUGCUGCUCUUUUGAAUCUAAGAUGGUGUGCUAUUUCUGGGGCCUCAAUCUCAUGGUUGCCCAGUCAAAGUCCAUGGGCUAGAAGGCUUUCGAAACCAUGACCUAAACAAGUGAGAAUCAAGAACUAACAGCACCAUUUAGAAUCAUGUUGGUUUUGAGCUUCCUUGGUGUUUGACAUUGUGCACAAGAAGCAGGACAAAAAAGAUUUGUAUGGAUGUUCAGGGUCAGGGCACGGUUGCUUACAAUGAGGUGCGGUAAUGAAGGUGUUUUCCUUUCAUUAUAAUGAGUUUAACAGAGGUAGCCGACUUGAAAUAGUUGGGAUAAGGCCCGGAUGAUCAUGAUGAAUGAGUUUGGCAAAGGAGCGAGAAUGAUCCAUCGGUGAAAAAGGUAAUGUGGGUGGGGGUCAGUGACACAGGGGAUUCAAUAACCUGCCUCGUCAUAUCUUCAAAAUUUUCAGUAGAUGCCAAGAGUACAAAACGGGCUAAAGAAAUCUGAACCCAUCAAUAAAAGAAGCAUUAUGGGUGCCCUAUUAAGAGUGUUUCCAAAGAUCAUGCUCUUGAUGUUCUUCGAAUUUUCCUAGUUGUGAUUAUAUGGCUGGAAAAUGGAGGAAUGGAAUUGUAUUUCUGAUUUAUGUAUUUCAAAAAGUAGUGGAACACAUGGAAAAGGUGUCUUAUAUUAUCAGGUUACUGUGAAGAACCUGCAGAAGCAGCUGAAUUCGCAUUAUCUGUAAUUGCUCGAAAUUUUUGCUCUUGUAAUAAGCAGUUCGAGAAGAUAAGUUAUCAAAGUUCUGCUAGUGAUUCUCAUGUGGCCUUA